UGUUAUGUCAUUCACCUGUCAAAAAACAAGAAAUCGUGGAUGGAUUUUGCAUUUGCGUUUGUGCGUAUAUUUUAAGUAAAUGUAGUAAUAACAUUACAUAAAAACUUUCAGGAUGAGUACCCAGGGUCGAGGGCCUGCCAAGAGAAAAGUAAAGCCGGUGGAGCCUCAGUCUCUUCUUGAUUUUGAUCUAGCAGAAGGUGAAAGUUCUGAUGACUCUGACUUCAGGAUUGAAGACCACCCGGAGGAGAGUGACGAUUAUUCUAUAAACAGUGACGAUGACGACAAAAAAAAAGAUGGAAGUUCUUCAGAAGAGCAGUCUGAAUCAGACGGAGAAGAUGGACCUAAAAGUUCCAAUAAUAAAAUUGGAGAAGAAAUCUCAGUCACGGACAUUCUUGAGAAGGCAAAACAACAGGAAUUCAAGAUUCCAUUUGAAUUGGCAAAUAUGCUGAUUUGUGCUGGAUGCCUUGGUUCAAGAAGUGACUGCUACAAUGAGAUUGUUGAAUGUGACGGCUGUGGAGUGACGGUACAUGAAGGCUGCUAUGGUGUGUCGGAUGUUACCAGUGAAUCUAGCACGGUCAGCUCAGCGUCAACGGAACCAUGGUUUUGUGAGGCUUGUAAAGCCGGUGUCACUGAUCCCAGCUGCGAGUUGUGUCCGAAUAAAGGUGGUAUUUUCAAGGAGACAGAAGUUGGAGCUUGGGUUCAUCUAGUAUGUGCACUCUAUGUGCCAGGAGUUGCCUUCUCAGAGGUGGAGCGUCUGUCAGGAGUGACGCUGUUCGAAAUGGCGUAUUCCCGGUGGGGCGCGCGCUCGUGUGCCCUCUGCGAAGACACGACACUCGCCCGUACCGGCGUCUGCGUUGGUUGCGACGCCGGCCUUUGCAAGACGUUCUUCCAUGUCACAUGUGGUCAACGUGAAGGUUUGCUAGCAGAGGCGCAUACCGAAGAGGCCGAGCAAGCAGAUCCGUUCUACGCUCACUGUCGCUUGCACUCUGAUAAAGCCCUAGUCAAGAAAAGAAAACGAAAUUGGCUCGCUUUACAGCUGAGGACCGAAAAGCGAAAACUGGAGCUACAAACAAAUAUAACAACAGAUGAGAAACUCCGAAUACAAAGGAAGCUUGUCAAGUACAGGAGAAAGUACUUGCAACAGAAGGAGAAUAGGAAUCCACCAUGGGUGCCAACUCAAAAAAUGGCUCGGAUGCUGUAUAGCAGCGCAUCUGCCAUGAGAAAGUUCGCGCGUAAGGCAGAGUGCAUGGGCAUAGAUACGCAUGCCCUUGAAUUUCAAGAUGCUCAGAUGGCAGCACUAAAAGAUGUUUCUCGUCGCUGGCACGUCCCACCGGCUUUUUCUGUGGAAUUUGUCGGAUAUUACCUAGAGAGAAACUCCCGCGUCACUUCACUGCGAAAAUCACUUGAGAGGCUGACAAAAGAAAAUGAAAAAUUGUUGAGUGAAGAUGAGAAUCUCAGGACGGAGUACGAUGAGGCAUCAAAAGAGAACACGGACGCUCUCGCCGAGUUGACGUCAACGAAGCAAGCUCUCCAGAAGAUAUACGAUGUGAUCAUUGCUCUAUGUCCCAAGAAGGUCGCUCCACCCAUCAUGGAAGAAAAGCCCCUCAUCCCGCCGGUCAUACAACGCUCCACGCCGAAAGUCACACCGUAUCAGCUUCAGAAACGUGAGUCGGCCAGCAGAUCAAUGUCUGUGCCCACCGCGGCUGCACUUAAGAUGGGCGUUGGUUUUCCUCUUAGCGACAACCCGGACGCUCGCCAUGGAAAAGUUUUGUCUACGUCGCUUGAAGCGACGACAGGCGCCCUAGCGGCCCGCGAGUGCGCCGUGUGCGGCCGCAGCAGCGAGCGGCACCUCAUGGCGGCCUGCGACACCUGCCGCCACCACUACCACCUGCACUGCCUGCGCCCGCCGCUGCAGCGCCCGCCCAAGAAGAGCAAGCUCUACGGCUGGCAAUGCUCCGAGUGCGACAAGACAUCCGACUCCGAACCAGAAGUUUUGGAGAAAAAAGUUCCGCGUCGAUCGCGAAUACGGUACAGCAAAGAUGGCGCCAUCAUCACCGAACCGCAAAGCCCCGGGUCGAUCACCACGUCACCGCCCAAACCCAAGAUAGAAAGGCCCCAUAAGAUUGAGAAAGUUGCCACCACAGAAAACAUGUCUCCAAUCAAAGUCACGAUAAAGCCCUUCGACUUUAGCAGUGAAAACGAAGGCAGUGAAUUCAAAAAGAAAGAUAAAAAGAUUAAGAAGUCAAAGCAAAAGGAGCACGCGUCCGCAUCGGCCGGGGAAGGCGAGUCUCCAUCAAAGAAAUUGAAACGCAGUUUCACUUCACCGACGCUUACGAAUACGCCGCUAAUGUCCAUCACACCGAUUGUCGCAGACAGCCCCAACGAUUCUCAUAAUGAGAACUCGAAUGCUUCGACUACUCUGCUUCCGGUGAAGCGCGAUGAGACCGUUCAGAAUAUAUCCUUCUCGUCUCUUCUAAAUGACGCAAAGGAGAGGGACAGUAAAGCGAUUGAAUCGUCAAUCGAGAGCACACUCGCUAAUUUGUCGUCGGACAUCGCGACGUACAAAGCGAAUAGGAAACGAAGGAAAGAGAAGCACAGGUCAAGGUAUUCGCCAGAUCUGCUGCGUUCGCCGUCGAAAUCACAUAAGCACAAACGGAAGAAGAAGUGUCAGGAUAUUGAGAACCCUGAGAUGCCUCAUCCAAGAAUAACCAUCAAGAUCAAGCCCAUUCCUAAGCCUGAUGGGUCAUUAGAUACCCAGAUGUUCUACGUGCCAACUGACAGCAAUGACGGGCCGCCACCUGCUAUGAUGAAAAAAAUGUCAAAGCAGGUAGAACAAGAUGUGGCCAAGCCUCCACCACCACAGCCGGAAGUCCCGUUAGAACCUAUCGCAGAGGGAGACACUGCAACUCCUCUUGCUAUAAAUCCCGAGGAAAAUCCAGUGGAACUUACAAAACCUAAGGUAAGAAAUACCCCCCUUCCCUUUGGUAAUAAAACAAAAUCUAGUUGCACCAUCUUACUUUAUCAAAAGUAAAAAUAUCUGUCAAUCUUCAUAAUAUAUAUAAAAACACCGGUUAUUGAUAAAGUUACUGUUAUAGUAAGUUGGUGUAACUCAGCCAAUGUUAUUGUUACGAACCUAUUAAUACUAUUUAAGUCGCAAAAAUCUCUCAAAAUAGCUAAGUACUGAAAAGCUUCGCAAAACAAAAUGUUUAUUAAUUCGGCGACAAAUGUGGGACAGUCUAAUUAUUUUCACAUUAAUCAGCAGUUAAAUAGUAAUGGAAACAUCAAUUUAAACACAUUUCCCGCAUUGUUGGUUUUGCCCGUAAAUAACGCUAUAACGUAAAGCGUCGACAUGUGCACAAACAAAAAGUAACGAAUGUUGACGACAUUUGCAAAUGCUAUGGAAAUCAUGUUUGCGUCAGUCGGGUAUGCAAAUUGAUGCUGCUGCAUUUUAUAAUGAAGCAUUCAUUCUGUAUCAACGUUACGUUUACAUAAAUUCAGUAAAAACUAGCGUUUAAACUUGAAAGGCAUGUAAACCAUCACACAGCAAAGAUACCGCCUAAUGGUUAAAUUAAAUUCUUCGAAGGAGUUAAUUGAAAGCUUGCGGGAAGUGGCUUGUGAACCGUCAUGUUAGCAAUUUUGUUUUAUUUUCAUAAACUCGUGUUUAGACGAUUAUUAAUAUGUAAUAAUGGUGGAUUAUUAACCAUUAAGUGUUCGUGAACGUGCAUGAGUGUGGGCAAGUGAAACAAAACAGUACAACCGUGAUUGUUCGUGUCUAUGACAGACAGCUUCACAUCACUAUCGUUCAAUCUCAUUCGGUCCGCGCGCGCGUUCACUCUCCCAUUCACUGUAUCCCCCUCUCGCCUAUCAGCCACCGAACCGGCUUGACGUGCCGGCCGGCACGUUAACUCACAAUUUUUAUUUCAAUGUAAUAUUGUCCAAAGUACAAUAAAUUCUCAAACUCAAGAAUGCAUUUUAUUAACUAGUUCUGCGUGAACAGUUCGUAUUCUCUCAAGUAGCAAAACUAUUAAACAAACUUUACUGAGACUCAAAUGGUGGGAAGGGGAUCAUCUAUCAUCCUUCAUUAUAUCAUUUAAUUGCCCCAAGUCCCAUCCCACUUGGUACCAUU